CACGUGUCUCUGUACACAGCUGAUCGUGACGUCAAUAUCCAACAUGGCGGACUGGAGUAGAGGUCAUGGCUCUGUGGACGAUAUGCUGGAUGCUGAGAACAAACGGAUGGCUGAGAACUUGGCCACCAAAGUCUCCAGACUGAAAUCUGUGGCUUAUGACAUCAACAGAGAGACAGAUGAUCAGAACGAUUACCUUGACGGCAUGGACUCGAACUUCCUAAGUGCGACCGGGUUGCUGAGCGGCAGCGUGAAGCGUUUCUCCACCAUGGUCCGAUCAGGGAGAGACAACCGGCGCAUCCUGUGCUACGUCUCCGUGGGGCUGGUCCUGGUCUUCUUCGUGCUCUACUAUUUGGUCUCCAGGAUUCAGCGCUGACGGGGAAAACCACGACCAGGAACUGGUCCUGAUGUGAUAAUGAGACUGUAGACUGUGAUGCCAAAUAUGAUCGGUUUAAAUGAGGUCUGUGGAUCUUAUACAAAUGAAAAGACAUUUUUUAUUCUGCACCAAAGUGAGAAAACAAAGGAGUAGCAGGCAUUUUGCUGCAUUGUUGGCUGGACCAAUAGGGGGCAUCGGCCAUCUCCCUGGGGGGAACUGCAGUUGGUACAGUCAUAACAGAGACCCUGGAGUCUAUUAAAAAGAAAAACAACAUGCCAGAACUUUGCAAUCUUCUGCUUGGCACUGUCCUGCAGCUGCCAGAAAGUCCUUGUUUGGACUGAGGGAGGGUGAUGACUGAAUGCAGGCUGCAUGAGUACAUUACCUCCCACAGCAGAGUGUAUUGGGCUGAUGAAGCAGUCAGUCAACACAGACCUGUCCCAAAAUAUGUUUAAUGUUACUGUGUCUCAGUUUCAGACUAUACAACUUUUUACUUUUACAGAAUUAGAAUUUAUUUUGAGGGGUCUACUAGAAUAUGUUUACAUGGUUUAAUGGUCAAAAACACAUUACCCAGAGUACUGGUCCCAGUGUGGUGGUAUAUGCUGUGGACCUGAGGGGGAAGAACCUGUGAGGAAAUGUCAGACCUGGAUGGCAGUGAUGUAAUAUAGUGAAACUUAACAAAACUAUUCAGGUUAAUUCACCCAGCAAGCAGUUGUGUUAGUACUGAAUGACACUUACGACCUGUACUAGCCUUUAAAAAUGACCUUGACAUAUUAAUAACUCAACAUUUGUUAUUCCUGGCUCUAACACAUAUGUCUAAGCUUUGGUCAUCUACACUUUUGUGCAGCAUCUUGUUUUUCCAGGUGAUACAAUCUUGAAUCAUUUGACAUUUGGGUGAUAUUGCAAAGAGGUGUACUUCUAUCGUUGUGUACUGUAUAAAUGAGCGUGAAUGUACACUACCAGUCAAACGUUUGGACACACCUUCUCAUUGAUUUUUAUUUAAUUAUUUUCUACACUGUAGAUUAAUAUUGAAGACAUCAAAACUAUAAAAGCAUGCGUUGUACACAAAGAAGUGUUAAUCUUUAGUAUUAAUCUACAAUGUAGAAAAUAAUACAAAUCAAUAAAAAGCAUUGAAUGAGAAGGUGUGUCCAAACGUUUGACUGGUAGUGUAUGUCUGAGCACACAUAUAUUUUAUUGUCAAUGGUCAGAUAUUCAGUAACAUUAUAACCAUCAUCAUUUAAAAGCCACUUUGUCUCAAAUACAUCUUCCAUGUGUUUUCUAUUUUGUGUCAUUGUUUUCCCUUAAAUUGUACUUCCUGUCUUGUACGUUUCCAUUUUAUUCCAUGUUUUUUCCAGACUUUUGGUAUUUGCUUUAGGGCUGCUAUUCUCAAGAUUCUGACAAAGACUAAUUUGAUUUUUUUCUGAUGUAAUAGACCAUUGGUGUAAAGAUUUAUAAGUACAAAGACACAAUAAAAUAAAUAAGUUUA